CGCUUUGCUCCUUGGCCAUGGAGAACUUGCGCGAGUGGCCGAAGCCGGUGGGGGCGCGCGGUCUGGUAGGCGUAAAGGAAGACAUGACGGCAAUUGGUUCGGCGAUUUAGAGAGAGAAAAAGACUACAGCGUCACGGUUGCGGGAGGGCUGGGCGGUUAUAUGGGCUGGACGGGAAGCACACGCCAGACACGGCUCGGAUCGGGGGUAGGCAAAGCUUGACGAUGCUUGGCCGUCAGGAGGCGGCAUUUCGUGCCUUUCAUGACGGAGGGGUGCAGGACAAGGCAUGGAGCUCGAGGAUGAUUCGUGUUCCCCGGCGCGGUCCCAGCGCCCGACUCAGGAGGUGUUUCAUCUCGCUGCGACUCGGUGUGUGUCAGUGGAGGGCAUCAUUGGUGAUGGCGAUGGGCAAAUGGGUUGCCCUGGCCGUCUUGAUGCUGACGUCUUUGGUCUCCUCGGGCGAAACUCGUGAGGGUGAGGGUGUAAGGUUAUUUCGUUGUUCUAUUUUGCUGACGCGGGGAAGCUUGCGGGGUCUACCGCUUCUCACACCACUUUUGCGAAAAUCCUAGCCCGUCUGGACAACUCACAUGCUUCCGCCACGCCCGCGGGAGAUCACCCUCUCCACAGUCGUCUAUCUCAGAUCUACCUUAUAACGACGAC